AUGGAAUGUGAUAAUCUAGAAGAGUAUCGGCCAUGUCGAAAGUUAGACUUUGAAGGUAGAAAAAAUAUUGAAGGUAAGGAAAGAAUAGAGAUAAUUCAUUCUAAAAUUUUAGAUGAAGAAAUACAAAAAAUUGAUAUGGAAUUUGGAAGUGAAGAAGAAGCAUAUAAUUUUUACAAUUCCUAUGCUUUUAAGGUUGGAUUUAGUAUUCGUAGAAGUAAAGGACAAAAAGAUCAAGAUGGUAGAAUGAUAGAUAGAAUGUUUUGUUAUUCUUGUGAAGGAUACCGCAGAAGAGAUAGACGAGAUAUGAAUGUAAAGUAUCAUAGAGUUGAGACAAGAUUCGGGUGUUUAGCGAGAAUGAAAGUUACUUCUCGUCAAACUGAUAAUUAUCGUGUAAUUGAGUUUGUUGCAGAACAUACUCAUGUAACAUCGAGUCCUUAUAAGAGUCAUUUGAAUAGAUCACAUAGAAGAGUGACUGUUGCUCAGGUAGCUGAAAUCGAUACGGCUGACCAUUCGGGGAUCGCUCCAAAAGAAAGUUGUGAAUUAAUGGCAAGGAGAGCCGGUGGACGAGAAAAUCUUGGUAUGAUUCCACUUGAUUAUAAGAAUUAUUUACGGACUAAACGGAUGAUCCAAAUGAGACUAGGAGAAACAGGUGGUGUUUUAGAAUAUCUUCAGCGCAUGCAAUCAAAGGAUCCAAACUUUUUUUAUGCUAUACAAGUUGAUGUAGAUGAUUUAAUAACCAAUAUUUUUUGGGCGGAUGCUGCUAUGAUAACAUCAUACUUUCAUUUCGGUGAUGUUAUUAGUUUUGAUACUACAUAUCGGAAAAACCAAGAAGGAAGACCUUUUGCUAUGUUUCUUGGAGUAAAUAAUCAUAAACAAAAAACUGUUUUUGGGACUGCACUCGUAUAUGAUGAAACUGCUGAAACACUUAUGUGGUUAUUUGAUACUUUUGCCACAGUAAUGUCUGGGAAGAAGCCAAAGACAAUUCUUACUCAUCAAGAUGCCACUAUGGCUAAAGCAUUAUCUUCACAAUGGCCAGAAACAUAUCAUCGCUUGUGUAUUUGGCACACAUAUCAAAAUACGGCAAAAUAUCUUAACAAUGUGUUUGAGAAGUUUAGAGAAUUUUCAAAAGAUUUCAGUAACUGCAUAUAUGAUUAUGAUAAAGAAAGCGAAUUUGUCGAAGCAUGGAAUAAUAUGCUUAUCAAAUAUGAUCUUGAGGGAAAUGAUUGGUUGAAACAAAUGUAUGACUUACGAGAGAAAUGGGCUUUGGUUUAUGGUAGAGAGACAUUUUGUGCUGAUAUGACGACUACCCAAAGAAGUGAGAGUACGAACAAUGCAAUAAAAGGUUUUGUCAGUUAUAAACAGAAUCUUUUACGCUUUUUUGAAAAUUUUGAAAGAUUGCUUUAUUAUCGUCACUAUGAGGAGUUACAAGCUGAUUUCAAAGCGACCCAAAGAAAAGUAAAAUUGUCAUUUGAGGUUGAAAUUUUGAAGCAUGCAUCAAGUUUUUAUACACCAGCAGUGUUAAACAUGUUUCAAACUCAGGUUUGUGAGAGUUAUGAUUGUGUUAUUACUUUAUUCGAUGAGAAUGAGACAUUGUUUAAGUACAAAAUUUUCCCUAAGAAAAUGCAUCUUCAUCAUAUUGUUGAAUACGAUUCAGCUGAUGACACAGUGACAUGCUUUUGCAAGAAAUUUCAAUUCACAGGUAUUUUGUGCUCAUAUGCUCUUAAAGUUCUUUCUGAAAAAAAUAUAUUGAAAAUUCCUUCUCGAUAUAUUUUGAAAAGAUGGACAAUUAAGACAAAGGUGAGAGAUGAAUUGGAUAAUUGUGCAGCAAAUGACCAUAGUGAAGAUCCUAAAAUUGCUAUGGUGAAUCGUUAUCAAGAGUUGUGUAGAUUAUUUCAAACUUGUGUUGUAACAAAGGCAUCAAAGAGUGAGAAAGCAUACAAUUAUGCUAAGAGUGGUCUAAGAAAGAUUGUGGAAGAAAUCGACGAUCCAUCAGAUGACCAAAUUAUACAUAGCUAUGAUGAGAAUCAAUAUUCCAGCAGAGAGAUGAAUAAUAUUAAAGGAAUUAAGACAAAAGGAAAGAACGAAGGAUCAAGUGGAAGUGGAAAGAAAUUUAAUCAAAAUAGCUUUGAUGGUCCAUAUCAACAUGAUCCAUUCAUUUUUGGUGCAUCACAAGCUUCAUCUCUUUUUGGUAGAGAUAGACAACUUCAUUUUGAAGUCCCUCUUGCUCAACAACCAUUGCAAAAUUCAGAGUUAUGUAUAUCUCCACUUAAUCUUAACAAACAUGAAAGUCAAAAUGCUUACACUAAUCUAAAUAACAAUAUGAGUAUGAUGGAAUUGCUACAACAGAAUGAUCAAGCGGAUACACAGGAUAGCAAAGAUGAGAACAAUUUGUCCAACCAGUUAGAAGAACUUUGGCUUCAGAAGGAAAAUAUGUGGAGACGGAGAUCUAGAGAGUUAUGGUUAACCAAGGGGGAUAGGAAUACACAGUUCUUUCACAUGUCCACCAUGAUUAGAAGGAGAAGAAACCAAGUGUGGAUGAUUCGAGAUGAAAGUGGGAAAGUUCAUAAGACAAGAAGUAGAAUCGAAAGCACCUUCGAGAAGUAUUUCAAGAAUCUAUUCAGCACAGAUUGCCCUCUCAUUCCAGCAGAGGUUCUUCAGUUGAUCUCAAAUAACAUUUCAAUUGAAGACAAUAAUAGGUUGUGCAAGAUUCCGAAUAAAGAGGAGGUUGAAGUGAUGGUGGCAAUCAUUUCUAAGGUCUUGGUGAAUAGACUUAGGCCAUUGAUGAACAAGUUGAUCUCGCCGAACCAAUUAGCCUUCAUUCUAGGAAGGUGGAUUUCAGAAUCGUCCAUCUUCACUCAAGAAAUAGUGCAUGCUAUUCAGAAGAAAAAAGGGCUUGGAGGGUUAAUGGCAGUUAAGCUUGACAUGCAUAAGGCUUAUGACAGAAAGGAGUGGGAUUUCAUCAUAAAGGUGUUAGAAGCAAAUGGAUUCAAUCCUCAAUUCUGUAACAUGAUUUAG